UCCAUCGCAUCAAAAUGGCGACAACGGGAGUACUCCCGUUUGUGAGGGGCAUCGAUCUUACUCGAAAUAAUUUUUCGAAUGUCUUUCCUGAUCAUGUACAAGACAUGACAGGACUCCGAUGGCUUAGAUUAAGUCAUACCAAGCUUAAAGAGAUACCAGCUGAAAUUGGAUUUCUUAACAAACUUGAAGAUUUGGUUAUGGUCCAUAAUGAGAUUGAGUCUUUGGGUAAUGACUUGCCACUGUUGCCAGCCCUCCAUAGUAUUAACUUCAGAUUUAACCAACUCACUGAUGCUGGUGUGCCCAAUAAAAUUUUUACCGGAAAUGAUCUUUCUAUAGUCGAUUUAAGUCACAAUAAACUUACACAAGUUCCACCAGAAUUAGAAAAUGCAAAAUCUGUCCUAGUACUCAACUUAAGUCACAACCAAAUUGAAUUGAUACCAAAUCAGCUGUUUAUUAAUCUAACAGACCUUGUGUUUGUAGAUUUAAGCAAUAACAACUUAGAAACAUUGCCCCCUCAAAUGCGAAGGUUGACCAGUCUUCAAACUCUGAUUCUUGAUAACAACCCACUGAUACAUGCUCAACUAAGGCAGCUACCCGUACUGACAGCACUUCAAACACUUAAAAUGAAAAACACACAAAGAACACUAAAUAAUUUUCCAACUGGUUUGGAUACACUCACAAACCUACAAGAUGUUGAUUUAUCUUACAAUACAUUGACUCGAGUGCCUGAAGCCUUAUACAAAUUAGAGUCUUUAAAACGUCUCAACCUAAGCAAUAAUGAGAUUGGUGAACUCUCUCUAAUGAUCGAUAUAUGGACAAAAAUGGAAACCUUGAAUUUGUCUCGCAAUAAAUUGAAAGCUUUACCUUCUUCACUUCAUAAGCUUCAGAAUCUUAAGAAACUGUAUGUCAACCAAAAUCAGCUUGACUUUGAAGGAAUUCCCGCCAACAUUGGCAAGCUACACAACCUUGAGGUGUUUAGUGCUGCCAAAAAUAAUUUAGAGAUGAUUCCAGAAGGCUUAGGGAGAUGUGGGAAACUAAAGAAACUUGUUCUAAAUGGCAACAGACUUAUUACAUUACCAGACAUACUCCAUCUUCUACCUGGGCUGGAGACAUUAGAUGUGAGGGAAAACCCAGAUUUAGUCAUGCCACCAAAGCCCCAGGAAGCAAAGUCUGCUCUGCAGUACUACAACAUUGAUUUCUCACUGAACACACAGUUGCGCUUGGCUGGAGCUCAACCUGUUCCCUCGUCUGGGCAAACACCAUCCCCCAAAAGUGAUCCAGUGGCCAGGAAAUUAAGACUGAGAAGACGAAGGGAUGGACAGGAAAGUGAAAAAGUUUUAAAGGGUAUGAGAGAUGUAGCUAAAGAUAAAGCUGAAGGCAAGGGCAACUCAAAAGAUGAUGAGAUAAGAGAACCAUUGAAACCUAAGAAAUGGGAUGAAAAUCUACAUAGACCCCAAUUAGAUUACAGUGAGAUUUUUGAUGAAGAUGUUGGACAAAUUCCAGGUUUGUCUUGUUGGGAAAUUGAAAACUUUCUGCCUAACUUAGUUGAUGAAGGACUUAUUGGUAAAUUUUAUCAAGCAGACUGUUACAUCAUUCUUAAAACAUUUAUUGAUGAGUCAAACAGCUUGAACUGGAAAAUAUGGUACUGGAUAGGAAGUGAUGCCACGCUUGACAAAAAAGCCUGUUCUGCCAUACAUGCUGUCAACUUAAGAAACUUACUUGGGGCUGACUGUAGAACAAUCCGCCAGGAUCAGGAUGAUGAAGAUGAAGAGUUCCUUGCCUUGUUUGAGUGUGGACUCUCUGUUAUAGAAGGCGGGCGAACUUCAAGUGGUUUUUACACAGUAGAAGAUGCUGAACCUGAGGUCAGACUUUACAGAGCUACGGGGACGCAGUCUGUGCACAUGGAGAGGUGUCCUCUUACAACUAAAGUGUUGGAUUCUAGGCAUGUCUUCUUGCUGGAUGCUGGCCCUAAAGUCUUUAUUUGGAAUGGGGCAAAGUCUAAUCUGGUUACACGCACCAAAUCAAGACUAAUUGCUGAAAAAAUUAACAAAAAUGAGAGGAAAGGAAAAUCCGAAAUAAUUCAAUUUCCCCAAGGCAAGGAAACAUCAGAUUUUUGGAGAACUAUAGAAGGAGAGCCAGAAACUUUUGAAAUUAAGACUUCACCACUGUCAGAUAUUCCAGUAGCUGAUCCAAGACUUUACAGAGUAGGACUGGGUAAAGGCUAUUUGGAGCUUCCUCAAGUCCACAUCCCUAAAAAUCGAUUGGUGAAUACUUUGCUAGACACAAAAUGUGUUUAUAUUUUAGAUUGUAUAACAGAUGUUUUUGUCUGGAUUGGUAAAAAAUCUACUAGAUUAGUUAGAGCAGCAGCCCUAAAGUUAGCUCAAGAACUCCAUGAUAUGAUCGACAGGCCAGAAUAUGUUACGAUAUACAGAUGUCUUGAAGGAACAGAGCCUCAGAUUUUUAAAACCAAAUUUGUUGGCUGGGAUGAUGUCUUGCCAGUAGAUUACACACGCUCUGUUGAAUCUAUAGCUAGGAGAGGAGCUGAUAUUAAAGUGAUAAUGGAAAAAGACAAAUUACAGACAGACUUGUCAGCAUUGUUUAUGCCAAGGCAGCCAGCCAUGACUGAAGAAGAAGCAGAGAUUCUUUCCUCUGAUUGGAAUGAGGAUCUGGAUGGCAUGGAGUCUUUUGUACUGGAAGGCAAAAAGUUUGUGAGACUACCAGAUGAAGAAUUAGGUGUCUUUCACACUGAAGACUGUUAUGUGUUCUUAUGUCGUUACUGGGUGCCUGUCGAGCUACCUGAGGGAGAGGAGGAAAUGGAUGAAGAAGACUUGCCAGAGGACGAAUUCAAAUGUAUUGUGUAUUUUUGGCAGGGUAGAAAUGCUUCCAACAUGGGCUGGCUUACUUUUACUUUUAGUCUUCAAAAAAAAUUCCAAACCCUGUUUGGUGACAAACUUGAAGUAGUGAGACAAUUCCAACAACAGGAGAACCUCAAGUUUCUCUCACAUUUCAAGCGGAAAUUUAUCAUCAAGCUUGGGAAACGACCUGCAGCCAGACCGGCCGGCUCAGAAAAAAUCAAACCAGCGACAGAAUUUUUCCAACUUCGAGCUAAUGGUAGUCCUAUUGCAACCAGAUGUAUUCAGUUGGAGAAACCAGAUGCUACUUGGUUAUGUCCAAGGUUCUGCUUUAUCUUAAUGGUACCAUUUGAUAGUGACGAACUCAAGGGAAUUGUUUAUGUCUGGGUUGGGAAAAAAGCUGAUCACAAGGAAGCGAAGAUUGCUGAAGAGAUUGCUUAUUCCAUGUAUAAGGAGGACUUUACAAUACAAAUGAUAAAUGAAGGAGAGGAGCCAGAAAACUUUUUCUGGAUUGGUAUAGGUGGCAGAAAGUCAUACGAGCAGGACUAUUCCUACAUGCAUUAUGCAAGACUUUUUAGAUGUUCCAAUGAAAAAGGCUACUUUACAGUUUCUGAGAAAUGUGCAGAUUUUUGUCAGGAUGACCUUGCUGAUGAUGAUGUCAUGAUACUGGACAAUGGUGAACAAGUUUAUCUGUGGGUUGGCAAAAAGACCAGCGAUGUUGAGAUCAAGUUAGCAUUUAAAAGUGCUCAGGUUUAUAUCCAGCAUUUAAGGAACAAACAGCCAGACAAGCCAAGGAAACUGCUGCUAGCAAUGAAGUACAAGGAGAACAAAAAAUUUGUUAUGUGUUUUCAUGGUUGGGGCAAACACAAGGAGGUCAAGGACUUCAAAACACUGCUGCCAUCUAUUUAUUAAAUAAUUUGGUCUGAAUCUCACUUUAAAAAAAAACUGGCCAAAUGGAAUAGUGCUGCACUAACAAGACAGUGAGGCCCUGCCUUCAGUGAAGAAUGUUUUACCUUCUCUAGAUUGCAUUUUGAGGUUAGAUCUGCAUCUAAUUCUCCAACCCUCAACCUUCUAAAUGAGUUUUUGCUGUGCAACUGUUUUAGCUGUUGUUUUAUGCUUAACUAGUGAUAUUUUUAUAUUUUUCCUUGCCCUUUUUCAUAAAACUUUGUAAGGAGGAGUUUUCUACUUUGAGCAUUGAAUAAUACUUAUAUUUAUCUUUGACAGUGAUGGUUUAAUAUGUGUAAUUAAAUUAAAAAUAUUGUUUUUAAAGUUAACCCCUUGAACCCUGAAAGCCUGAAAAGAAUUACUUUCAUGAAACAAUUCUUGUGCUACAUGAAUUUACCUUAGCAUCUUUUGUAAAGACAAAACCAUCAUUGAAAAAAAUUACCAACAAAUCAAAACAUCAUUUUCUGAGUUAACAAGAGUAUAUGUUUUAUGCAAGGCUGACCCCAAAGGUCAGGGUUCAAAUGGUUAUGGAUAUUUAACAAGAAUGUUAAAAAGGAUUUUUCUGUCUUUUUACCAACUGUGAUAAGGUUCUUUUUCAGUUUAGUAUAAUGUAAUCUGUCUGUAUUCUACACAACGUUAUUGUAAAUAGGUUGACUGGUUGUUUUAGAUUGAUUAUGAAUUAAUUUGGUGGUGCUACUUAGUAUUGCAUACAUAGAUAAUUAGUCUAGAAAGUGUAUUUUGUAGAUAAAAUCUACAUGAUGAGAUUGCUUCUAAAGCUGUUGGUUCACUAGAAAGAAGGAUUGGGUUUUGCAUAAGCACUAAAGUUGCCGUAAAUUUGAAGAUGAGAUGUUUUAAAUGUUGACUUGGUGUUAACAUUUUAAAGUUGAGAUGAAGUGACUUUGUGUCACCAUUUAAAAGGUGUGUAGGUGACUUAGUGUCACCAUUUGAAAGGUGUGUGUUGACUUAUUUAAUGUCAGCAAUUUAAAGAUGAGAUGAGGUGACUUUGUGUCACUAUUUGAAAGAUUAGGCUAAUGAUAUGUGAUAGAAAUUAAAACUGAUAUAGUAACUUAUGAAGGUUACCAUUAACAGAUAUUUUCUGAGUAGUACAUUUUAAUAUAUAUAUUUUUUGUUCACUUAUCUAUAAAUAAAAUGGUGACCAUUUUAUAUGAACCAUGUGGCCUGUUUAUGUAAUUUUAUAAAUCAAUUUAAAUUAGAUAAAUUUCAGCAAAAAUGUCCAUUUUUUCAGAAAGAAAUCAAUGACAAGCUAUUUAUAUAGUAUGAAUGGAGAUUACUUCUGAUGUGUAUUCUUAAUUAUUUGUAUUAUUUUAUAAGUCUUUAACAUAAAUCAGUGAUAAAUAGCUGGUAGCUCAGUUGGAGGGCUAUAUAUAGGCUGUCAUGUUAUCAUUAUAUUGGGGGAGGAUCAGUCGUAUAUAUCGGAGGCUUAUGUUACACUUUGACUAAUAUUUUUAUUAAUUUGAAAGAGUCAUUCAUAUCAUAUCUAUAUAGAGUAAUAGUAAUAUAUUUUCAUUAAAGAGGAGCAUCAUCUAUUAAUUACCUUGUAUUUCUUCUGAUUAUCUCAUUAGGGCCUAUUUAUUUAAAUACUGAGAGGGAUCAAUAAUGGAUAGUAUAUAAUGACUUGUAUAGAAUUUUAUUAUCUUAAAUAAAAGUGAAAUUAUUUCUUUUAUAUUUCAGGUUAAGCAUAUAAAACGAGUGUGUUUGUCAGAUUUUUUAAGCAAAUAUCAUCAGUUGUUACAAGUACAUGCCUUAGUCUGGCAUACUUCCUCCAAUAUUUAAGAAUAAAAAUUAUCCUACAACUAGUAAAUUGUUGUUAAC